ACCAUUCAGUUUGCAAUGUGUGGUCAAGCAAGACAGUAUACGUGUUUCAACAUAAUAGUUAUGUAUACUUAACAAAAAUUUAUAUAUACCUCCCAUAAUUUUGUGAAAUACCUAAUGUGGUAAAUGAUUUUAAAUUUGUUGUUUGAAGGGAAAUUAUUACAUAGUAAUACUUAUUUAAAUAUUAGAUUAGUCUUUAAAAAUAUUAGGUAAAAUUAAUUUUGUGUGUUAAAAACUGUGAUUUUGACUUGACUUAAAAAUGUUCAUCAACAUAUUUGGAAGUGCCAUCUUACGGCAAUAUGCAGUUGUACUGAUUGCAAAUCUCAACACAUUAAUAGUGGGAGUGGGUCUGGGCUGGCCAUCGCCGAUGCUGGUCAAGCUCAGAGACGGCUCAGACUCUGCGCUCUCCAGGCCCAUCACCGAAGAGGAAGGUUCGUGGGUUGUGGCAAUGCCUUUCCUUUCAGGAGUACUCGCCAAUUUAUUCACUGGACACCUACUGGACACGAUCGGUAGGCGGUACUGUUUUAUCCUGUCAUGUGUGCCACGAAUCGUAAUGGUCUUACUGUACCUGUACGCUAAGGAGUUAUGGCUUCUACUCGUGGCACGAUUCCUGUCUGGUAUCCUCGAUUCUGUGGCCUUUACUACGGUGUCCAUCUACGCGUCGGAAAUAGCUAGUAAAGAGGUCCGCGGAUCUCUCGGCGGCUUUCUCCAGAUAUAUUGUUCUUUCGGCAUAUGUUUAUCUUUGGGUAUUGGUCCGUUUGUAUCAUACACGACCCUAAACAUCAUCUUUCUUGCUAUAACUGUUGCCUCCAGCGUACUGUUACUGUUAUUGCCUGACAGUCCUUACUUUUUGUAUUCCAAAGGUAAAACGGAUGACGCACGAAAAUUACUACUAAAGCUUCGCGGCUCAGAUAUUAAAGCCAACGAUGAAAUAAAGGAAUAUCAAAUAGCUUCUUCCAACGAAGUGGGGAAAGUAACGAUCCCGGAGUUACUUCGAAAUAAAUUAUUCCUAAAAGGAGCUGCUAUUUGUGUAUUCUUAGGCUUCAGUUCCCAAGCUAAUGGUUAUACUGCUGUGUUCCAAUAUUUACAGACGAUUCUAGAAACAACAAAUACCAGUGUUAGACCGGAAAUAUCAUCAGUCAUUAUUGGGGGAAUACAAAUGUUUGCUAGUCUGUGUACCACGUUAGUCACUGAUAGAUUUGGAAGGAAAUUCAUUUUGAUUAGCACUGUGUCUGGGAUGGUUAUAGGAUUUAUUUGCCUAGGAGCAUUCUUCAAGGUGACAGAGGAGCAGGAGCAGAUCAUCGGAUUUAUGAAUUACCUACCGCUAGCCUCAAUCAUACUGAUAGUGUUUUGCCACAGCUCAGGCAUAGCGUCGAUAAUGUGGAUAUUAAUAUCAGAGAUAUUCGAAGGACGGACACGAGCUAUAGGGGCGUCUUUAGCUAUAUUAGUUGCUACCCUCACUGGAUUCGGGGUCAGCAAGUCUAUUCCUUCUUUGACAUCAAGCAUUGGCCCAACUAUGACCUAUUGGUUGUUCAGCAUCAUCUGUAUUUUAGUUAUUAUGUUUACCGCCAUUUUUAUACCCGAAACUAAAGGCCGGUCGUUUGCAGAAAUCCAGGCUAUUUUGGGUAACAAAAGUGAUGUAGAAAAUAGUGAAAAGGACAAAGACAAUAGUGAAAUGGAUAGAAGUUGUUGAGAUUUUAUGUAUUAUAUAUGUAUAUACGAAUACUGGUAUUCGUACUAAAUAAAAGUGAUUUGGUAUGAUACCUAAUAAAGACAUUCACAAACCAGGGCGCCCCUUUGUAACUGGCGCCCUGUAUAGACACCGGUAUAUAUUUUAUGUGAUAAAAUUAAUGUAAAUUAAUGUUUAUUUUAUUUUGUACUUAUAUGUUAAGUUUGAUUACUACGGAUAUUUUAAUUAUUAAUAAAUAAAUUUAUUUUGUAGACUUA